AUGCAGCAUGACGGGGCCCAGUAUUCGCCGCAGGCCUUGGAGGCGGCGGCGGGCAACGCCGGGAAGGCUGCACAAGAUGCCGCCCGGAGAAAUUUCUUGCGUUGGAUACCAAGACAGGUCGGGGCUCCUACCAAGUAUGCGCAGAACCUCACGCACUGGAUGCAUUUCAUUCUUGGUGCGCAGGCGGUGCUGGGCGCCUGCCGCCUGUUCUACUUGAUGGACUUUCUCGGAAGCUUUUGGAUGAUCGGGGUCAUCGCGCUCGGCUUAUAUGCGUGGCAGCAGGACAUGAACAUAGAGUAUAUCUGCAUAUGGGGUAUCGCGUGUCUCUUGAAUGGCCUCUUGGACAUCGUGGUCACUCUUCACGACUGCUGCGAUGAUGGGCGAUGA